UUGAUCGGAAGCGGAUCGUCCGCAGUUACCCCCGGAAAACGAUACGCGUUCCCGGCCGUCCAAUGAGCGGUCUCCCUGGUUGCCAUGAGACGACAACUGAGUACCGAGGACCAUUUUAGACUGCAGGCGGCAGCACCUUUUCUAUGGUGGGUGAACAUACAAACAUAGGAAUUAGGAGCAGGAGUUACCCACUCAGCCCUGAAGCCUGCUCCAUCAUUCAGUAAGAUCGUGGAUGAUCUGAUCAUAAUCAAAUCAAUGAAUUCCAAAUCUACACAUUAUACUUCAGAAUUACAUGGAAUGUACAACAGUGAAACAAGCUAUUCAUCUCAAGUGCUCCAUGCUGGUGUUUCUGCUCAAAAGUAAUACAGCCAAUUGCUAAAGGAUUGUACGAACAACCCACGAACUGCCACUUUGUAGAACCAUUUUCUACUGCUUCUGUAUACUCCUGCACCAGUAGAAAAAAGAUCUGCCUUCCAUCUGCCAUCCGAUGUCUUUCUGUCUAACUGAGCUACACCUGUGGUCUAUGAAGAAUACCUUACAGGUCAAGGAUACCGAUAUUGGCAUCUUUCAAUACUAUGAUAGAAAAGAAUCUGUUUCUUCAUCAGACUGCUGUUACCUGGAAGAGAAGCAGCGAAUGACUGAGGCUCGUGAAUACUUAUGGACACCCAAGAACAGGCGACCAGAUAAACUUCGAGACACCCUCAAGGAGUUUGAGGAACUGCUGCAGUGCAAUCGUUGUGUGCUGAGCAAAUGGAAGAACAAGAACUUUUGUCAGCUUUUCUUUGGUUCAGGUGUGUUGGUUUCGUUAAGUCUUUGUGGCCCACAUCUUGAGAAAGUUCUGAUCGACAGGACCUUAGUGGGGAAACUCAUCUCUGACACCAUCAAUGACGCUGUGCUUGCGGACAGUUUUAUGAUUAUAACGUUUUUGGAGACCAGUAAACUUUGCUUUGUCCAGUUUACAAAGAAACAAAGUUCUCCAGAUGUCAACAAAAGAAUGGAAAAGCUUUCCACUUCUGACCUUAAGAUUUCUUACGUUGAUUUACCAGGGCCUACAGGACGGAGGGUCGAACGUCAUUUGGCCAUUAACUGUGUACAAGAUAUGGUGAUUUGCUGGUGGCAGAUGGCUAAUGGAGAUGGCUGGCCCUGGUUUCCAAUAGCCAAUGAAAGUGACCGAGCUAAUGUGGUGUUGUUAAGCUGCAUGAAUGGCAAACCUGAGAUUUUAAGCUUUACACGCACAGAAGGAGAUCCACUGGAUGCUGGUUUUAGUACUAAUCAACCAAAUCAGGUCCAUACAGUAGAAUGCUCCGUCAAUCCGGACAAAGAACCAAUGGCAGACAACUGCAUUUAUGAAUGUGCUCGGAAUAAAUUACAGCGUGUGGCAGUCAUUAGCAUCCCACUGAAGUCCAAAGCCACUUGCUGCAGCAGAAAUAUCAAAGAAGACAAGCUUGUCCUAGGCUGCGAGGAUUCUUCACUGAUUUUAUAUGAUGCGUAUCGAAGGGUGACUUUACUGGCGCAUGCUGAUUUUGUGCCUUCUAUGAUAGAAUGGCAUCCUGAUGGUGCUGUAAUUAUAGUGGGCAGCUGUCAAGGUGAAGUUCAGUGUUAUGACAUGGCAUUGUCACCAGUGAAGAUGCAGUUGUUAGCGGAGGAUGUAAAACCUGUAAACAAACUUCAGCUCAGCCAGUUCUUUGCUGUAACAAGCAGAAUGGUCCAAGUUCAGUGGACAGUUCCUCAAGUUAUUCCUCCAAACAUUGACAACCUGAAUGUGCAUGAUCUCCUAUUUCUAAGAUUUGACAAAGGGCCUGUUGGAGUACUUUGUUUGAAAUUAGGUGCCAUAUUGAAAGGACAGCUGUGUCCCACUGAACUCAUCUGCCAAUAUAUUCGUUAUGAGCAAAUUGAGGAAGCUAUUAAUGUCUUGCUUGGCAUGAAUUGGAACACUGUGGGCCUACAGUGCUACACUUGUCUCAUUGCUAUUGUGGAUCAUCUCCUUAAACAGAAGCUUACACCAGAGAGAGAAUCACAUCUUGAAGCAACUCUUGGAACAUUUUAUGCCCCUACAAGACCCUUGUCUGACACAACUGUGUUAGAAUACAGGGAUCCAAUCAGCCGAUAUGCAAGGCGCUUCUUUCACCACUUGCUCAGGUACCAGAGGUUUGAGAAGGCGUUUCUAUUGGCAGUAGAUAUUGGUUCACGAGACCUGUUCAUGGACAUUUAUUAUGUAGCUUUGGAUAAGGGUGAAAUGGCCUUGGCUGAAGUGGCUAAGAAGAAAGCUAAUGAGAUUGAUGCAGAAUCUAUGACAACUGAAGUUGCUCUGGAAUGCUCACAGGGUGGAGAUCCGAUGAGAAGAGAUGGUACUGAAUUUCCUUCCAUAUCAAUGGAAGCAGAAAGACCAAAGAGUGGGAAUCCUCUUCGUGGCUCAGCUAGUAACAGCAGCUAUUUACCAGAGCUUUCUGCACAGGACAACCCUUAUAUCAGGCCUUCAUGCCAUAACUUGAGGGGCGAUACAGAGAGUGAACUUGGAUUCAACACUUAUGGUUCAGGUCUGACAGAUGACCCCUUGGCCUGGACCCAGGCAGGGAGCAUUUUUGAAGAAGGAGAAGAAACACAGGAACUUGGAAACAGCAGCACUCUGAAAGUGGUACACUUCGGUUUGGUGUGAGAUGAUAUGAAAGAAUUAGUAGUUACUUUAAUGGAUGAAGAGGGAUACUGUAACGACGUUGGUCUAGUUACAAACGUAUUUGCAUUAUAUUGUUAACAAGUAUCAAGAAACAGAACAAAUGCAGAAUGUAUUUCCACAAUUCCAAAGAAUGAAACAAGCAGCUUUAAUCUUUCACAAUAAAAUGUUUCAUUACAGCUCCUGAGGUAGCAGAGAAUACCCCUCAUGUCUCCCACCCCUCCAUCCUACCCACUUCCAACCCUGCCUCUCCAGCUUUCCAUUACUUUCCAUCAGGCCCCACCUCCAACUUUACCUCCACACUCAUCAUGGCCCCAUCCCUCUGCUUUACCUUACUCCCUCACACAAUCUCCCUUUUCGCUUCCCCACAUAGCAUUACUUCCUCACUUCUCUCGUCUCCCUCCAACUUGCCUUACUCCAUCUUUUCCCACCACAUGGACUUGUCCCACCAUCUUACUUUUCCCAGAAAAACCUUCCUGAUAGUUUCAGCCCACCACCACUGUGUCAGGUCCUGAAGGGAGAAUCCCCCUUAGCCCUCACCUUGCUUUACCUUUCCCUCCUUCCUCUCUCCGAUGCCUCACUUUACACAUCCUCCCACACAACCAGUUCCUUGUUCCUUUCCCCUUGCACAAAUGGCGAGAAGCAUUACCAAGAUCUUUGAUCCCCGGUGGUGGGACAAAGUGAUUGGGGGACGUGAACAAAGUCAGCCGACUGGAGGAGGGGUCAUACAUCGGAAGCAAGCCCAAAGCAGAUGACAGUUUAUAAGGUGAGGGUUAUAGAGCCAGAGUUGUACAGGACACAAACAGAUCCUUUGGCCCUCUUGAGUCUGUGCCAAUCAUCAAGCACCCAUUUCCACUAAUCCAAUUUUAUGCUUCCGUUGUUUCCGUCGGCUCUCCCCCCACCUCCCCAGAUUGUACUACUCACUGACACACACUGGGGACAAUUUACAGUGGCAAAUUAAAAUACCAACCUCAUGUCUUUAGGAUAUAGGAGGAAACCAGAGUUUCCAGGGUAAAGACACAUGGUCACAGUGAGAACAUGUGAAUUCCACAUCAAAAGUACCAGAGGUCAGCACUGAACCCAGGCUGCUGGAGCUCUGAGGAAGCAGCUUUAGUAGCGGCUCUCUAAUAUUAAAGGUCAACCGAAUAUUAAAAGUUACUAUGACAAAGCAUUUUCUAUGUGGCCAUGUAAAGUUAAAGUAUUUUCUUUCAAAUUUAACAUUAUUCUAUUGUUAUUUAAUUGUGCAAUUCAACCCCAUUUUUAAAUUAUGAUCAACUUUUUAAAUUGCUUGACAACCCUAAGAAAUUAUUUAAAAUAUCUUAUACAGUUAUUUGGAAUUGAGUAUAUACAUGGAAGUACCAGUUGUCGUAUGAUCUUUCAUUUAAAUUCAGGUCUUUUUGGAAAAUAUCCCUUUUCUCAUUACAUUUUUGGGAUAGUCAAGAAAGUUUGUGUCAGUAUAUUGACUUUGUGUACAACAAAACACAUGCUUUUAUCUCCAAGAACUACUUUUGUCCAUUUCACUCAUGGCUUCUGUUGAAGCUGAUGAUGGCCUGUAUGAGGGAUUAAUCUAGCAUCAAUCAGUGGUGUAUAAUCCUUCACGCAUGGUAUUUUUCUUUGCUUUGUACGUUAAGAGGAUUAGAGUUUAGAAUGCAUAAAUUGAUGGUAAAAAUUUACAUGAUCAAGAUUGCUUCAUUUCUUAUGUUCAUUCAGCUCCUAUUAAAAAUUUCUACACAACUAGAAAUAUUUAAACAAUGUUCAUUGUUGUUAAGAUCUAAAUAUCCUUACAUUUGGAAUUGGCUAUUUUGGAAACACUUGUCUAUUAAUGAAUCAGUGUGUGUGAUGCUAUCAAACAUGUUUAAUGUUGUUACACUGACAUUUGUAAUUUAUCUCCAUGCAAUGCAGUGAUUAAAUAGUUUUGUAAAACUAAUGGCAGA